AGUACACAAACAAUUCACGUUAUCGUGCCAACGAUCGUACGAGAGGUGUGUGUGCUUAGCUGAGUGUGAGUGUGUUUAGCGUACCCUAACUUUUUCAAUAAGGUCAUGCUUUCUGGUGAGUAACAACGCUUCCUAGGAUAUUUCGCAACGUUUUGUAAUAUCUCAGAUCUCUGCAGGAUAAAACUUAUAACAAAAUAUGAAAUGAAUAUCGUUAUUUAAUUAUCAAACAGACUCGUCCUAUGAUACAAUAAAUGAAAAUACAGAACUGAGUUAAAACAAACCUAGACUGUUCCAAGAAGAGGAACUCGCCAGGGAACUGACAUAGUAGUGGAGGUUAUACCAUGAAAACCACUCUAUGGACUUUUUUCGCACUGGCUAUGGCUCUCUUUUCUAUAAAUGUGACAGCUUCAGAAAUGUCUGUAACAUCAAGGGUUCGACGUGAAAUCAAUGAAGAACAUUGCGGGAUCAGACCAACAGCUCCAAGGAUUAUUAAGGGACGAAUAUCAAUACCUCAUUCUUGGCCGUGGAUGGUCGGAAUUUUUCAAGUAGAUCCUCUCCUUUUCAUUUGUGGUGGAACUAUUAUUAAUAAAGUCUCCGUUGUCACUGCCGCCCAUUGUCUUGUGACACAGUCUGGAAACAGACAGAAUUCUUCCAUUGUCGUAAGAGUUGGAGCUCAUGACAUAGACAAUUCGGGCAUCGACUAUCAUGUAGAUAAGAUUAUUGUUCACCAGGACUACAAAUACCGUUCACAAUACUACGAUAUUGGUUUGAUUUUACUCUCGAAACGAAUCGAAUAUAACUACAAAGUACGGCCUGUCUGUAUUCCUGAGUUGAACAAGUUGAACGUGAACUUAAACAAUAAGGAGGUCGUUGUUAUUGGUUGGGGUGUUACUGAAAGAGGUAGUGAGAAAUAUAAUGUUCUACGUGAACUGGAGUUGCCCGUAGUUACAAACGAACUGUGCAACAAGUCUUAUCAAACCAUAUCAUUCUCCGGCCUCAACCGAGGAAUCACUGAUGAUAUGAUUUGUGCUGGAUACCAGGAAGGAGGAAGAGAUUCUUGUGAGGGCGACUCUGGUGGUCCUCUGAUGUAUCAUGAUCCAACAACAGGAAGAGUCGAAUUAGUGGGAGUUGUAUCAUUUGGGUUCGGAUGUGCUCGUCCCAA